CGCCGCCAUCGGGAGGGGCCGGGCCGGAGCCGGCGGCCGCCACAUGGGCCUGGCGGGGCCGCAGCGCCCCGGGGCCGCGCCGGGGCCGCUCGUCCUGGCGCUGCUGCUGCUGCUGGGGCCGUGCGGGGCCGUGCGGGGCCGCGGGCAGGCGCCCGCAGCAGGUAGAAACUGUAGCUUUUUGCAGGAAAUGGAUGUCAUCCAGAAAUGGGAUGAAAACUGUUAUUGCUAUGUCCAAAACAGAACCAUUCACUUACAGUACGUUUGGUCGACUCUUCAGGUCAAAGUUAACAGCAGAGAAAUAUUCAGGUUUGAGCCUAUUUCAGAAAAAAGCAACUGUCGCAAUUCGGAAACCGUUUUUGAGUUUGCUGCAUGUGCUGUUCGAGUCUUCUGGAAGCCAGAGACAUCUACAGAAACUUUCUUGAGCAUAAAACAAUAUGGGGAUGAUAUUUGUUUCAAAAUACAGCCCUCCAAAGCCGAGCCGUACACCGUGAGCGUGAAGCGGGAAAUGCUAGAUGGAAAGCUCUUGUUUUUGUUUGUAGCUGGGAUUUUUCUGUUCCAUUUUGCCAACAGCCUGAGCAGGAGUACCAAGUUCUUCUACCUUUCUGGAGUAAUACUGGGUGUUUUUGCCCUGCUAGUCUUUGUCCUGUUGACACUUAAAAGGUUUAUUCCAAGGCACAGUACCUUCUGGAUCUUAAUGAGUGGCUGCUGGAUGUCCUCCCUCUAUUUUAUUUACUGCUUCAAAGAGAAUAUGCAGUGGUUGUGGUCUGAACACAGAAACUACUUGUUGGGGUAUUUUCUGACUGUUGGAAUCAUCAGCUUUGCCACUUGUUAUCAGCAUGGACCACUUACCACUGAACUGAGCAUAACCCUCUUCACCUGGACGCUGCAAUUAACAGCCUUUGUCUUGAUUUACUGUGGUGUCACCAUACCUCAAGUUGCAUAUGCAGUUAUAGCAGUCAGCCUCUGCUCCAAAGGCCUGUGUUACCCCCUUGGUGCUGCUUGUCACAUAGGCAGAAAAAUGAAGAACCACUUCAAAUCAAAAAAGUUAGUGUUUAAGUGCCUUACUGAAGAGGAGUAUCGAGAACAAGGUGAAGCAGAAACUAGCAGAGCUCUGGAGGAGCUACGCUCAUUCUGCAGGAACCCUGACUUCCCAUCAUGGGUAGCUGUAUCCAGACUCCAGUCCCCACACAGGUUUGCAGGUUUUGUUCUGGGAUCUCCCCACGUCUCACCUGCAGAAACAAAGGCACACGAGGAGGAAUAUGGCAUUGGGAGCUUCUUCCUGGAAGAGCAGCUCUUUGAGAUGCUGGCAGAAUCUGAGCAAGAUGAUCCAGCUGGUUCCAUCCAUGAAGGGGAGGAGGAGGAUGAAGAUGAAAUGCAUAAACACCUUCCAUUUCCAUAUGCUACUGAGCUGCUCUGAGCUUUGGGAAAUAACCAACAAACAGAGUGAAAACACAUUUGUGCUAGAAAGAAAGGAUGCAGACUGCAAACUUAUGCUUGGUGAUUUCUUGUGGCUGCUGGUGGACAAACAAGGAUUUUUGAAAAAAAAGUUUCCUGUAUCACUGAUGUUGCUGUUCAAGUGAAGAGGAUUCAAGUGCUAUGGGUACUUUAACUUGGGAAGUAAACCUUGCCAAUUUCCAAAGCAAGUACUGACAGCAGCCUGUCCCACCAGGAUGUUUUUCCAAGGAUACUACCUCUAGAGAACAGAGAACCUGUUUUGGCCCUUCUCAUCGUCAAGUCCUCUGUGCUGAGCACUAGGAGGAGAAGCCAUUUUUAAUUCUCUACUUAGUAAUUACUAAGUAGCCUAUGUGCCAACAAUUUCAAUAAUGCUGUUAAUGUGCUGAUAAACUAUUUUUAGUGUUUGCUGGACUUUUCAAUGUUAAAGAUUCAGAGAGUUAACACAGUUGAACAAGGUUUGUUUGCGCUUCUGGCUGGGGUUGCUGUCUGUUAGCUUAAUUUUGCCUCUCCACAUAUGUUUUAAGCUCUGCUUACUAUUCUUCAAAGCCCUGCAUGACUUUUCACCCUCUGCUUGCACUGUUCUGUUCUUGGUCUCUGCUCUAGUGACACUGUACUUUGUUCUUCUGUCUCUUCACAGACUCUUCUUCUGUCUUCUACAGAUCCCUCGCUGCUGAACCCUUCAGACCUCUGCUUGUCUCUUGACAGAUGAUGCAGCAGAGCACUUCCAUCCCCAAAUGUAUUUUUACUAUUGCUUUCAAUUUUAUUGUCACCUGACCUCCGAUGGGCACUGCCCUCUAUUCUAGGCCUCAACAGCCCAGAAAAGGUGACAAAAUCUGAGGCUGUUUCAGCUGCUUGGAGGAACUGCUGUCAGCAGAGCUGGAGUGAUGCUGUAACCAUGUAACUGGGAAUACAGAUAACCCACACACAGCUUCACUGUCCUCAGAGUACUCAGUAGUUUGCUCAUUCAAUAAAAAGUGGAAAGUAAUUCCUGGCAAAACAGGGAGGGAGCAUUACCUUGCUCCUUCCUCCCCCCUUCUUUAUCCCUCUUUGGGACUUACCACAGGAGGUGCGUGGGGAGGAAAAGAAAAGAGCAGGGACAGAAAUUUAGGCAGAUAUCUUUCAGCUUAUAUAUUACACAAUCCUCAGCUAGGGAGUAGAUCAUGUCCCCUCAGUUUAUCCACCUGCACAGGUAAAUUCCUUCUUUUGUUCUUUACACUAUCCCUGUAUUCUUCUAGCCUCGCCUUCCAGUACAACUUGCAGAAAACAUAAGACUAUUAAUUCUGUCCCCAUCUGAUCUUACAGACCCACCAGUAUGGGUGGUGGGAAGCAGUCAGCUCUCCAGAAGGGCAUUUCAGAGCAGGAUAUAUUAAUUUUAAAAGGGAUAUAUUUUCUUUGUGACACAGAGAGUGAUGCAGUGUGACUUCAGCAGCACCUGCACUAUCAUGGUUUCUCAUUGUCCAUUGCUGGACAAGGGAGAAAAUCUGUUACCUCUAACAGUGCUAAGAAGUGCUGCUGUAGUACAUUCCAACAGCUCCUCUGUAUAAAGCAGGACUUGGAGUUGGUGCUUGAAAGCCUUACUUAUAUGGGCCUUCCUCCUUCCUAGAACUUCAAUGUUGCUUCAUUUGAAAAGAAACUUCCAUUUUACAGGAAGGAGACACUUACCACCCUUCUGUGCCAGAAAUUUAUAAAUACAUAUGUAGAUGAUCCAAGAUACACUCACUGGUAAGACCACGACAUUAAAAAACUACAAGAGAGUUCUGUUCAGGAAGGCCACUAGCAGCAGGAGUCACUUCAAAGAGAGGCUGCUAUUACCAAAUUCACAGUUAAAUUGCCAUGCACACCCCAAAGUCAGGCUUGGCUUGGGGUUCUGUCACUAGCAGGAAGCCAGAAGCAUUAGCUGUUGUGAAAACUGAGGAAAGCCUCAUGACCUUUGAUGGUUUGGGAGAAGGAUGGAAACUCCCUCACCCCAAACAAUGAUCUUUACUGUAGAAUAAGGAUUUAUUUAGCAUUUGCCUGUGUUGCCAUCAUGAAAAAGAGGUACUUAGAAUUAUUACAGAUUAGUCAAAAAAGGAUACUUGAAGAGAUGUCUUAAUGUUAUAUAUUUUUUGCAUGUUUUAAAGUACACUUUUUUUCAGUGUACUUUGUAGUUACUUAAGAACUCACAUCUAUGUGGUUUGAGGCCACGGGGCAGAAUCAGCUUAAACACAGUGCUUCUGAUUUCCUCUUGUUUACUGAGGCAGUGGUGAUUAUCCUUCCUUAAGUACAUAAUGUGUAUUUAUAUACAAUAGCCCAGGUAACACAUUAAGGUAGUAUUUUACCUAAGCAGUAUGUUCAAUGGAAAAACACCCCUACACAAAGCAGGCAAUUAGAGUUUUCAGACACUGCCCCUUUUUCUAAAUUACUUGGAACAAUACCAGGUAUAUGGAUGCCAACAAGGAAAAAAAAAAAAGAAGGAAAAAAGAACAAACCAGGUUUUAUGCAUGUGAGAAAGAUGAAGACUGCUUUAGUGGAUAGUUGAUACUUACUUUAAAAGUCCUCAUAAGCUUGUCCUGACAUUAGAAGCAUCUGAUCAACAAAAUGUGCCAAAACCAACCCCUGUCAUAUGAGCCCUUUGCCAACAGGGAGCUUACUCACAGUGCUCCUGUGAUAUAUGGAGAUUGCACAGGUUUACUGAAACACAGUUGUUAAGAAGUUGGUAAGUAUUGUCUGGUGUUCGGCCAGAAUAUCUUGGAACAGAAUCUGGGUAUUAAUCCAUUGUCUUUAACUUUUACAAAAGCCUUUCUUCCUUAAUGAAGGAUGAAUUACAUUUAUCUUCUGUUUCACAGCACUCAAAAAAGUUAGAAUUUCGUAUUUAUUUUGUAUUCACGGUACAGCAUUCCUGAUAUACUGCCUUGUACUUCCAAGGUUUUUAAAAAUAAAUGUAUUUUUCAAAUA